UGAACUUUACAGAAUACAUCCCUUCAUCAGCAACUCUUCCCCGCUGACCUUGAAGAACGACAAUAACCUGCAGAAACCUUCAAAAUUACCAGAGACCCUGCGUGUCUGUAAUUCGGAUUGGCAAAUCAGGGAGCUCGCAGUGUGCAUGGUCAGUACGGAGACCUGUCUCACUCGUAUGCCGCAUAGGACGAAUUUCCCCUUUGCCCACACUUUCGACCUUACCUCGACAUCACACUCAUCACAAUAAUCCACCAUGUCGUCGGGACUCACUCGAAGGAGAGGCGGUGGCGCCGGAGGAGGCGGCGGCGACACUGAGAACGGAGAGUCGAGUCGCGUGGCAUCUCCUGUGCCCAAGGCUGGCUCUUCUCGUGAUACCAGUGGACCAGAAACUUCCUACGAGAGCGGCGAGAAUGGGCACAAGAUUGCAUUUGACCCGAGAGAUAUUAGUGAAAGCGCCGAGAGGAGCAAGCAGCCCAAGUUGACGCUUAUGGAGGAAGUGCUGCUGCUAGGCCUCAAGGACAAGCAGGGAUACCUCUCAUUCUGGAACGACAAUAUUUCAUAUGCGCUACGAGGAUGUAUCGUUAUCGAGCUAGCUUUCAGGGGGCGCGUGAGCAUGCAGAAAGACUCAUCCAGACGGCGAUUCCCCUUGGCAGAUCGAGUAAUUGAAGUUGUCGACGAUACACUUACUGGCGAAGUCUUGUUAGAUGAAGCGCUGAAGAUGAUGAAGGCUAGUGAGAAGAUGAGCGUAAGCUCGUGGAUUGACUUAAUGAGCGGUGAGACUUGGAACUUAAUGAAGAUUGGCUAUCAAUUGAAGCAGGUUCGAGAACGUCUAGCAAAGGGUCUGGUCGACAAGGGAAUACUCCGAACAGAAAAGCGAAACUUCCUACUGUUCGAUAUGGCUACCCAUCCUGUAGCUGAUGGAGGAGCAAAGGAAGAGAUCCGAAGAAGAGUGCGAAAUGUUUUGACACAACGCACUGUUGUGUUGCCCGGAAGUCAAUUUCUCCCAGAGAACCUCGAAUUCAGAUAUAUCCGCACCAUUGCCAUGGUUUGCGCUGCAUAUGCCGCGAAUGUGCUUGAGAACGCACUGGCUACCUUAGGACACGAAGCUAGAGAACGAGCAUUUGCUCAGGUUGAUGAGUUAUUGGCCGAAUACAGCCAAUGGCCGUUCGGAAAGAGAGCAGGCGGAUCUUCUGGUGUUGGUGCAAACUUGGGACAGGUUAUCGGUGAGGAGGUCACGAAUGGAAAAGACAAGGAAUUGCAACUUGAGGUCGUUGCAGCAUGUUUGAGUGUCUUCACAAGACUGGACUCUUUGCUUUAAAGCAGUAGGCGUGUUAUCGAAAAGGAACAGCAGACAGGUUUGGGGCAACACUUCUAUUUUGUCGUAAUACACGGACAAAAGUCCCCAGAAAAAUACCAGCGAGAGAUUUACAGAAAUUCCUGCUUCCAAAGCCGUGGGUUACAAUUGCUGGAUUUGGUCAGUGACUUUGGCGAGUAGGCUUUUGCUCCGGUCAAAUCUCUUGCUCUUUAUUGUACAGAUAUAGUGUAGUGUUGGCGAUUAGGACGACCCAAUCCAUGCUGGUAUGGUCACGUCUGUGCUAGAUGUGUGAGUGAAUCAAUAUUGUCAGGGGGUGAUGUUUUAGACUAGUGAAUUCACAAUAAAAAUCGAGAGCGGAUGAUGAGAGCAACAUUGAAUCACUUUGGUAGACCGAC